AUGUCGGCGCUGUUCAGAGCUAAGAAGCACACUAACCCCAACGUGACUCGGACUGAGACACGACCUUCCCUAACUUCGAAGAGGACAGUCGUGUCUAACUCACAGUGGAGACUGCAGACCGGGUAUCGGAUGACAGCUCUGUCACACCGGGCAAACGUCUCAGUUCGAUCCAAGACCAAGAUCUUCCAUAUCCCCGGAUCGACACAUCUCACCGGAAAGCCCCUAUAG